AAGAAUUCAAGUAAAUCAUCUUUCUGACAGUAUCAACUCAUUAUGGUGUUUUUGAGAACAAUGUAGUCAUUGAAGUCUCCAUGUGGGACUGCGCAAAUUGCCGAUGAUUGGCGGCAUACCAAUCUCCGCACACUUAUUUACUUACAUAUCAUCGACUUUGUCGACAUCUUGAGCAGAAGAUAGACAAAGCAUAUAAAAACGAGGAAAAUUAACAGUCUGACUAUCAGACUAGUGUUACCAUGGCCGAUAAUCCACCCCCACAACCAAGCGGGCUCCAAAACCACAUGGCCAAAUUCUCCGGCGACAACUACGUCCAAGGAUGGGCCGACUUAUGGAACAACAAGCAAGAAAACGAAAAGCUACCGUGGGACCGUGGCUGUCACAGCAUCGCUCUAGAAGAUCUUUUGACGAAAUUGAAAGAAUCCGGAGAAGGCGUCUUUGCCAAUCAUCGCAGACGCCGAGCAUUGGUUCCCGGCUGUGGAACGGGUUACGAUGUUCUGCUUCUCUCCAGUUUUGGCUUUGAUACUUAUGGGCUUGAUUAUAGUCAUGCUGCCGUCGAAUAUGCUAAAGGAUAUGCGGCUACAAAUACUGAGAAGUAUCCCAUCAGGGACGCUGAGAUUGGUCGCGGAAAAGUGGUCUAUGUGGAAGGAGAUUACUUCAAGGAUGACUGGUUGGAGAAAAUCGGCCUUUCGGAUAACUCAUUCGACUUGAUAUAUGACUACACUUUUUUCUGCGCUCUGCAGCCAUGGCUAAGACCGAGAUGGGCUAUGAGACAUCGUCAGCUGCUUGCACCUGCACCGAUUGGAUCCUUGAUCUGCCUUGAAUGGCCAAGGCUCAAAGAUCCAAAAACGCACGGUCCGCCCUUUGCAGCACCGUCGUCUGCAUAUUUUGCACAUUUGAGUCGUCCGGGAGAAGAAAUCGCUUACGACUCGGACGGCCAUGUUGUAGCUGAUCCUUCGCAGAAGCCGAGUCCUGUGGGACUUGUGCGAGCUAUGUAUUAUCAACCGGAGCGAACUUAUCCAGUUGGCAAAGACGAGAAAACGGGAGAGGUUAUUGAUCGCGUCUCAGUAUGGCGUCGUCAAGACGCUUCCGGUGUUUAAAACGGCGGCUGCUAAAAAGCUGAGAAGAACGGAAAGUAACAUAUGGUCAAUUAAAGAAGCUCAUCCUCAUGCGGCCACCGUGUUCUGUGCCAAUGCAUUAUAAUGUUCUCCAAGUCCGUAUGUAUGUCUAUAAUACGCCAACCAAAUCCUCUUGACUUGAUCGUCAUCAAUUUCUGACCCAGGUUCAAUCUUCUCAACCCGUCCGUCACCUUGCAAAACAUUUAUUUCCACACCGUAAGCGCGAGCAAUGGCCUGUAACUCCAACUGCCCACCCCAUUCAGCUGUUAAUCGUAUCUUUUUGACAUAUUCAUCCACAGGAUCUUCCAUAAAAGGAACAAAGUCGUCUUGAUGCUCCGUUAUAUAGUCUGCAGUAACCGCCCGUACGGCGCGAUAACCGUCAUGCUUGGGUGAAGUCACCGUAUCAACUCGGGAGAGCGUCGAUGGCUGCAAGACAAUACGGGCAGGAUCUGGCCUCAGCCCCAAUCCUAAGCUAUCCAGUUGACAUGCAAUUGCUGAAUAAAGACAAUGUCCAUCCGGAUUUAUUUCAAUUUCGUGUAGACCUAAUCGUUUAAACGCGGCCUCCAUCGUCUCUUUUUCAUUUCCGCGAUGAUCAGUUUGUUUUGCUGCUUCCUCCGCGGCGAUCUCUGCUUGAGCUGCUCUCUCUGCCUCCCGACGGGCUAGUCGCGCUUUUUGCCGAUUGGGCUUUUUUGAGCGUGUGUUCUCAUUGUUUUCUUGUGUUGGGACAGGUGUAGGCGUAGGUUUCGCGAUUACAUCAACAACCUUCGCGACUGUAUUGGCAGGCGCAGCUUCCUGAUCGUUGCCCAGAGCGAGGUUAUCUAAAUCUUCGGUCGUGGUAGCAACCGCGUCUCCAUUUAGUUGUGCAAUUUCAAGCUCUUGUUGUGCCUUUAAAUCUUGUUGCAGCCGAUCACACUCGUCGUUGACGGCUUUGCGGGUUUUCUUGGUGGCGUUCUUUUUCUUCUGGGUUAUUCGAGCCUGGAGAUCGCGUUGCUCUUUGCGAUGUUUUGCCUGCAGUUCCUCCAUGAUGGUCAACUAUCUAGAAUAACCCAGAGUUGCCCUGUUGCGAAAGGAGUUGUGUGU